AGCGGCAUUGAGGCCAGACGGAGAACUGCCAUCAUUGUGGGUGUUGCUGUCGGCGCUGCGGGCUUCUUCAUCAUUGGUUUCAUCACCAGUCGCUAUUGCAAGAAGCAUAAAGUCUUCAGAGUGAUACCGAAGACUCCUCAAAAUAACAAGUGUACAAGUGAGAAUGGAAAUAUCGAAGGCCUCGAGUUCCAUGACCUCAGACAAGGGAUGUGUGUUUACAACGAGCCAGACGAAAUCGGCUCCGUGAAGAUCAAAUUCAUUCCGUAUGAUGGCGAAUCUUUGCAAAAAUCCAAAGAUCACAGUUCUACCAAAAUCAAACAAGACAGUUUCGUGAAUGGAAUCGACAAACUAAAGUACAUGGACGAGACAGACGACGAGGCGGAAUCGGCUUCAGCAGAAGACGGACUUCUAGGCAAGUCCAACGAAAAGGAAAGUGUGCCUCCGCCAUCCCCCGAACACCGGAAUUCAACGGAAAAUACACGAGCGAAGAACGCCGAUGAUAGCCGAGGCGAUGCUGAAAUGUCUUUGGGGAGCACACUGGCUGAUGGCGUCAUGAGCAAACUCAACGAGAAGUUGGCUCCGAUUGCGGACGAGAGGACCCCAAUGCUUUCCAAAGCACACGGCGAAGACGCCAAGCUCCACAGUUAACACAGUGAACUAGAUAUCAGUCCGUCAGUUAGCUAGAUGUCACAUUUUUAUGUGUGUGAAUGUUGUACAACUGUGUGAUGUGUUUAUGUUGGUGGUCAACGCGAAGAGCGUCAGUUGGUUGUUUGCUACAUUGUAAACUAGUGCUAAUAUUUCGCCAAGGAGUCUCAGAAAUUAUCAUGGGUCAUGGCCAUGAAACACAUUAUGCUAUGCCUGCUGGAAGGUGCUUGCUGUUUUUAUCACAUGUAUUAUUAUUUUUUAAUAAUGCAUAGUUAAUUUAUUUUAUCUUCCAAUGCCAAGCUAAUCCAUUAUAUUUUCUGGAACAGUCAUAACAUGCAAACAGGGACUUUAAUUAACAUAUUUAUGAUCAUCAAACAUCACUUUGAACAUGUGUAUUUGGAACUUGCAUAGCCGCAGUGCAAAUAUAUCUGGUGAGACAUUUCUAUAGGCGUCAUUGUCACUUUAAUUCUGCUGUAAUGCUAGUGUCAGACUACCAACUGCCACGACGGAGUUGGCCUACUCGCCGAUCUCGCGACUAAUACGACUGUGCAGUUGCCAGUCUGAGCUCUCUUACAGAUUUUCGUCGUAUACAACUCCUACGACCAAUUAGUUGUUAAUCUGAGCGCACCCGUCGUAAGUUGGGAGUAGGGGAUAUAACAACGCAACUGUCAAGUUGGCCAACUCCGUCGUGACCGUUGAUAAUUUGAGCCUAGUAUAUACAGGCGUGAACAGUCUUGAUAGACGACUUGUAUGUUCUGUAUUUUGUGCUCCGAGUCGGGCCACUGACAUCCAGAGACGGGACUCAGGAAAGACAUGCUCGAAACCUUCAUGGUAUAUGAGCACGUAAAAAAUUUCAAGUCAAGUCAAGUAUGUUUUGAACUUUCAGAAUGUUAAAAAGUAGUUUUUGUAUAUUUAUAUCGGCUAACCACUAGCUUUGAGGUGCUACGUGCUUGUUGUAUUUGUACUUGUAUUAUGAUUAUUGUUAUUAUAUUAAUGGAUCUUAAGGCAGUUUUGCUCAGGAGUUAUCACAGUAUGGUUAAUGUAAAUCUUACUGAUAAUGCAUUGCGUUAAAAUCACCUUUGUGAUUAAUUUUAGAUGGAGCUUUGUUCAGUAUAGUGAAAAAUAGGCGGAUUUUAUCGGCCGCGAAUUUUGAAAAAAAAAAAAAAAUACUAUGAUAAGUAUGUCAUGCCGUUUUGCACAUUGUUAUGUUGUUUUUUCACACAUCAUGGAUGAGCAACGGAAGGCAGACAAGAGGCCAGGAUGUGGUACCUUUACUACUACGAUGUAUACUGAAAACCUACAUGAUGCAAUUGUAGAAUACACGGAACGAUAUAUAUAGCUUAUGUGAUAACUAGAAUGAGAAGGUAAUUCUCUGAACACGUAUCGCUUGCUAAAGGCUUCGAGAAAUCACUAGAAACAAUAUGGAAGCGACGCCCCUGUCCUUAUCUCUGUAUUCUCAUUGCAGUCGUUACGGUUUAGGACUCCCAUCAGUGUGUUCUGUAUACGUGUGUGUAUGCGUAUGUGGCUGUAUGCUUUGUUUUAACGCUGUAGUAAUUAUACGAGCACUUCGUGACGACUUUAAAAUAGUAUUACACACAACCAUAAAUAUGCCAGUAGAAGACGAACGAAUGGAUGGAUGCUUAAUGAUAUCCCCAAUUCAAAGAGUUUCAUUCAUUAGUAUAUUGGUGUCAAAGGUAACAUUAAAUCAUUGUCAAUCGGAAUGUAUAAAGUGCAUAAAGCUGAUUAGAGAAAUGCUGUGCUUAAACAAUAUACACACACAGUGUAAAAAUGCUGCUUUAAUAAUAAGAAAUGAAAUGUUUUGCCCACCAAAAACUGGAUAGUGUAAAAAAAAUUUUUUUAAAUUAAAUUCAAAUUCAUGUCAUGAGGCAGAAUGCCAAGGGAACUUUGUGGGAGGUUUGGAGGGGAAUGAAAAUUAAUAUAAAAUAAAAUUAUAACUGUUGCAAAAUUCAGGGGGUCCGGGCCCCUGCCCCCCUAGAUCCGCCUCUGCACAGUGUUAUGUAAACUGUAUGAUUUACCAAUGACUAUUUUUUAAAAUCUUAACAAUUAGUGAUAUGACUUGUCGUUGUGAGGUAUAACUGUCGUCAACAUGUUUGUACCAUUUGCGGCCGCAUUAAUCAUGAACAUGUGUCCAUAUACUGUAUACCAUAUUUUAACAAGUGUGCCUUGUCCUUACUAUUGUUAUAAUUUCCCAAGACAUCCGUAUACAUAGUUGCAAUGAAUGUGUACACAAGACUGUUUUGUAAGUAUCAUAGUAGUGUGUGGCUUAGCAAGACAUUGUCCUGUGUCGACAUAUAGUGGUGUGCUUAUUAUUGGAGACUCAAAUACCAUGACAUUAAAUUGUAUGAUAAUGCCUGUAUUGUUUCACACUCGGAUAUACUGCAACAUUUUCAUUUACCAUUUUAUCUUAAGCGGAGUGAAUAGGCAAAGUAUAUUCAAUAUGGAGCCGGAGUAGUUUAAUGUAAAUUAUUUUUGAUUAUUACAAUCAAUGAUUCAAUAGGGUGGGUGGGUGUUUUUUUUGUUUUUUUUUCGGUGGAGUAUUGUCAUUGUUAAUGUACAUUUCUAGGAACAAGUCAUUAGGAAACGUUAUAUUUUUAUGAAUAAACAGUCUUUUUAACAUG